AUGGUCGUUGUGCCCUACGACGUAUUCCUUAAGCGCCUGCCUUCGUCGAAAAUGCGGGAGAUGGACUUGGAUGCAGGAAUCGUCAGUGAUUCCGAUGCUAGGUUGUCUCAUCUUGCGAACUACUGCGAGACUUGCGUGCGCUCCGUUGCUUCCGGCUCCCAGCACUCAUGUCGCCUGAUUGUUCCUGAUCGUCGACGAGUUGACCUCGCCGUGCGUUCUACUGGCCCGGGUGACAGGCUGUUGGGUCUUGUUCGAGUAUUUUCAUGGCGGGCUAUCCUCAAUAUCUCUUUGGUCAAAGUCAGCCCAGAUACGGGUACAAAGUAUGGUCCAUCAGGGACAAGCAUGCAGUGGGGAGCUGCCCGCGGGGUAUUACAUAUUGCUCGCUCCUCAUCUCAUACUGUGGCUACCGACAGUGAGACGGAGGGUGGCGAUAAGGGGGAGCAAUUUUACGUACAAGUGGCUCGCGCCAAGUCCAACAUGAUGAAAUGUUCGCGCAAGAGCUUUCUAUCUGCUAGCGGUCCCAAGCUUCUGGUUCAAGGACCUCCUUGCUAA